AUGCCCCACUGGAUGAACAUAGCAGUAUAUCUUCCAUUUGGAUUAAACGUCAGUCCAGAAGUAUUUCAACGUGUAAAUGAGAAAGUAUUUGAAGAUUUGCCAAUUGGUAUAUACUUUGAUGAUGAUGACUUUAUAGUAGCAGGCGAAAAUGAAGAGGAAUAUGACAACAUUCUCAACAUCAUAAUAAAAAUAACUAGGAAAUAUGGGUAUAAUAAAGUGGCAAAAGACCCACUCAUACAACACGAAUGUCCAGAAAUACCAUUUGAAAAGAUUGCUGCUAAUAUAUUUACAAAUGGGGGCAAAGAUUAUCUUACUUUAGGAGAUCAUUAUAGUAAUUGGAUUGAGAUGAUACCACUUAAAACUAAAACACCUCCUAAAAUAAUUAAAAAAUUAAAAAUAAUAUUUAGCACUCAGGGUAUCCCAGUAACAUUCAUGUCAGACAAUAUACAUUUAAACAGUAGAGAGUUUAAAGAGUUUGCGAAAGACUAG